AUGGAGACACGAGAAUUGAGAUCUGAGGGGAUUCAGGAAGUCGAAAAGGAGAAGCCUGCAACUCAGACCAGGUCUGAUGAUGGUAAGGUUCAGGACAACCCAGUCGAAACCACACAGCCUCUAAGUGAGAAAUUAGCUGCUAGUGGCAAAGGAAGACUAAUAAGUUUGGGGUUCUACAAGAGCAUAUGGUCAGUGAUAAAGAAGGCAAUACUAUUUCUGUCUCCUCAAAUGGAUAGUUGUAAUAUUUUAAGUUGGAAUGUUAGAGGGCUUAAUGGUUCUAAUAAGCAUAGCCCUGUUAGUGAUCUUUGUAGCAGAAAUAAAGUUGGAGUAGGUGGUCUUUUAGAGACUAAAAUGAAGGGAAACAAAAUAAGGAGGUUCAUGGAACAUCAACUCCAAAACUGGGAUUUUUAUACUAGCUCAGUUAUAGAAGGCCGUCUGUUGAUAGUCUGGAGAAAGGUUUUUGCUAAAGUCAGUAUUAUUGAGGAAUCUAAUCAAUAUGUUCAUUGUGUGGUGAAGUUGGCUGGUAUGCAGCAAGUUUUUGGAGUCACUUUUGUUUAUGGUGUUAAUUCGAUUGAAGGGAGGAGAGCUCUCUGGGAAGGGUUGCAAAGGCCAACUCUUAUGGACAAAGCAUGGUUAGUUUUAGGGGACUUUAAUGCCCCUUUUUCAGGAAAAGAUAGAUCAGGUGGUAAGCCUAUUUCUGAGAUAGAACUGGUUGAUUCUGUUCAGUGGCUUGUGGCUGCUCAUGUUGAACCUCUAAGAAGUAUAGGCUCGUUUUUUACUUGGACUAAUAACCAAAAUGGUGCAGCUCGAAUUUACUCUAAAAUAGACCAUGCUCUUAUGAAUGAAAAAUGGAUUGAUUUUUUUCCUCAGUCCAUUGCAGUUUUUAGCUGGGAAACUAUAUCAGACCAUUGUUCCUAUAUAGUUAGAUUGCAGCCUUUAGUGAAGAUGGGGUUAAAGCUUUUUAGGUUCUAUAACUACUGGACAGAGCACCAUGAUUUCCGUGACCUGGUUAGGGAUAGCUGGAGGUCUCCUCUCAGAGCUACUGGUUUCAAAGCGAUAUUUCUUAAGAUGUUGAGACUUAAACACUGUCUGAAAGUUUUUAACAUGUAUAAAAUUGGUGAUCUUAAGGCUGCCUAUUAUAAGGCUAAAGAGACUAAUCAAGAAGCUCAAUUGCAAGCUCAAGCUCACCCUCAAGUAUUUAGCUAUCAGGAAGAAGAGAGAAAAGCAGCUGCUAAUUUUUCGGUUCAGGAAAAACUUUAUCACAGUUUUUUAAUUCAGAGGAGCAAGAUCACUUGGCUGCGACAGGGUGAUAUGAACACUUCUUUCUUUUAUGCUUUUUUAAAGAAGCGUAAAUCAGAAAAUGGUAUCGUCCAGUUAAGCUUUGGACAUAUUUAG